UAGUCCGUUCAAAUAUUAAAGCCAAAAUCAAUUCUUUCUCUUUCCCUUUCCGUUCCUUUCUUUGAAGCAAGUGCUUACAGUAACUGCGUGAACACUUCGCUUUCUUGGGAGUUACCUUGACUUCUAGGGUUAGUUUUGUCGAAGAACUGACAAUAAUACAACCCAAAGAGUGCGAUCCUAUCGCGGGUUUUUGAAUUUGAGUUUUCUCUUUUUUUUUUUUUUUUUUUUUUUUUUAAAAAAAAUGAAGCGGGGCAAAUUUGAGUCGGUGUUGACGUUGAGUCGACUCAGGAUGAUUCAAUUCUUGAUGGGUGUUUUGUUUCUUUACAUUCUCUUCAUGAGCUUUGAAAUUCCUCUUGUUUUCAGAACUGCCGACUCCGAGUCCGAUGAGGGGUCUAUUGGAUUCUUCGAUAACGCUUUGCCCAAGCAUGUGCUGCUGGAGACCGAGUCGGAAGAGUUUAACGCGGCGAGUCAACCCUCGAGAGGCGUUUCUAAUAGUUUUUCACGGACACCCGAGCGGAGAAUGCGGGAGUUCAAGAAAGUUUCUGGCUUAUUCUUCAACGAGAGCAUGCUCGAAGACAUUGACGGAACUAAUGACGAGUUCUCUGUUCUCCACAAGACGGCAAAACAAGCGUGGACGGUUGGUAAGAAAGUUUGGGAAGAACUUGAAUCAGGAGAAGCCGUUGCUUCAACCGAACCCGAAACAAACAAGAGGGCAGAGAACAAAUCGGAGUCUUGUCCGCAUUCGAUUAGGAUGUCCGGGUCGGAUUUUUUGAAGGGGGGCCAGCUCAUGGUGCUGCCGUGUGGAUUAACACUUGGUUCGCAUAUUACCGUUAUUGGUGUGCCGCAUUGGGCACAUCCGGAGAAUGAUCCGAAGAUAGCGAUGCUUAAAGAAGGGGAGGAGUCUUUGAUGGUUUCGCAGUUUCUGAUGGAGUUGCAGGGUUUAAAGACGGUGGAUGGAGAGGACCCACCGAGGAUUUUGCAUUUUAAUCCUAGAUUGAAGGGUGAUUGGAGUGGCAGGCCCGUGAUUGAAAUGAACACUUGUUAUAGGAUGCAGUGGGGUUCGGCUCAUAGAUGUGAAGGCUGGAAAUCUAGAGCUGAUGAAGAAACUAUUGAUGGACAAGUGAAAUGUGAGAAAUGGAUUCGUGAUGAUGAUGAUCACUCAGAAGAAUCUAAGGCUGCAUGGUGGUUGAACAGGCUGAUGGGGCGAACAAAGAAGGUGACAUUUGAGUGGCCAUACCCAUUUACCGAGGGCAAGUUAUUUGUUCUUACCAUACAGGCUGGCUUUGAGGGCUACCAUAUUAAUAUUGAUGGAAAUCAUAUUACAUCUUUUCCAUAUCGAACUGGUUUUGCUCUCGAGGAUGCCACUGGAUUAGCCGUGAAUGGUAAUGUUGAUGUGCAUGCUAUUUUUGCUGCUUCCUUACCCACUUCUCAUCCAAGUUUUGCUCCCCAAAAGCAUCUUGAAAUGAUAAAUAAGUGGCGGGCACCACCUCUUCCUGAUGAACAUGUGGAGCUUUUUAUUGGCAUCCUUUCUGCUGGAAACCAUUUUGCUGAGCGGAUGGCUGUGAGGAAGUCUUGGAUGCAACACAAGUUAAUUAAAUCUUCCAAAGUAGUGGCUCGUUUUUUUGUUGCACUGCAUGGAAGAAAGGAAGUAAACUUGGAUCUAAAGAAAGAAGCAGAGUAUUUUGGUGAUAUUGUUAUAGUUCCUUACAUGGAUGCUUAUGACCUUGUUGUAGUGAAGACUGUUGCAAUCUGCGAAUAUGGGGUUCGCACAGUUGCUGCAAAGUAUAUAAUGAAGUGUGAUGAUGACACAUUUGUUAGGGUGGAUGCCGUGAUCAAGGAAGCAAAGAAAGUCAAUAGAGAUAAGAGCCUGUAUAUUGGGAACAUCAAUUACUAUCACAAGCCCCUCCGUUAUGGAAAAUGGGCUGUAACAUAUGAGGAAUGGCUGGAAGAAGAUUAUCCACCAUAUGCAAAUGGUCCAGGUUACAUUGUGUCUUCUGACAUUGGACAGUUUAUCGUAAAUGAUUUUGAAAAACACAUGCUGAGAUUGUUCAAGAUGGAAGAUGUGAGCAUGGGAAUGUGGGUGGAAAAGUUCAAUAGUACAAAACCAGUUGAGUAUGUUCAUAGUCUGAAGUUCUGCCAGUUUGGGUGCAUCGAAGACUAUUUAAUUGCUCAUUACCAAUCUCCAAGACAGAUGAUAUGUAUGUGGGAUAAGUUGCAAAAGCAAGGAAAGCCACAGUGCUGCAACAUGAGAUGAUAAUGAAGAUGUUGUCCAGAUACUGUGGUAAAUCUGAGAAAGUACAGAGAACAAUUUUGCAGUCACAGUAAAUCUCUGUAUAUAUAAAGUGGGGUUGAAGUUAUACAGUUAUACUGAGGCCAUUUCUCUCCCUUUCAGCAUUGAUUCUAUGUUUUGGCCAUUUUGCUUUGUAUUCUCCCCCAUUUUCCUUUCAAAAGUGUAAGAAUAGUGACCCAACAAAACUAUAGGAAUUUAUACAAGGAUUUUUUCUUUUUAUAGGCAA